CAACCCACGUGUGCACUAUCAACUAUCAAGUCAACCAUAUUCCAAGUGGACCUACCCAUUAACCAUGGUUCCCUCUUUAUAUAGUUGCACCAUAUAUUUUUGGUAACAAAAAAUCUUGCUACUGUUGCUGAAAAAUAACCUAUGAUAUUGUUUAAUAUAAUUUUAAAAUACUGCCUAAUUUUUAUAAAUAAUUUUCUACGGAAAGUUUUCAAGUUGGAUUAAAAAGAUCUAAAGUAUUUUAUCUAAUGCAAUAGCAGGCUAAAAAAAUACAAAACUGAAAUAAAAUUAUUUCAAUUUUUUUUAAUCUGAGAUAUCUUAUACUACCCAUACUAGUUCUUAAAUGGAGGUGUAGGUAGCCUGGCCAUGGAUAACACUAUUCAAAAUUAAUUUAAAAUUUGAGUUUAAACUUUAGUGCAUCAUACCAUAUAUAGAAAAAGCGAGAUUUUUUAAUGUUAAUAUAUUAAAUAAUAUACAAAUAAAAUAAUCACAAUUAUUAUCAUAUAUACACAUAUAAACACAAAAAUUUAAAUUCAACAACAAAACUUUGGAUACCUUAUUUUGACCAUGCAUGUUAUUACAGAUAGAUAUGCCAUAUGUUGUACAUUUUGGAAACCUUAUAUAUUAUCAAUAGUUUUUUUUUUUUUGCUACCAGGUCCCAUCGUGGUGGUCCAGACUAUAGACCGAAGUGAACAUGGACCCGAAAGUCACCAGGUGGCUCACCGCGUAACGGUCUUCGGUCUCGGAUGCUGCAGCCCAUAUGUAAAUUUCGCAGUGGCCAAAACUCGAAACCUCGAACCCAGGGGAAGACACUCCAGCUGGAGCUCCUUUACCACUAGACCAAAGCAACUUGGUUAUUAGUAGUUUUUUUCAGACUUGAAAAACAAUGGCAGGUUUUAGCUCGAUAUUUUCCCAAAUAAAUAACAAAAUGAUAGAAAAUGCCAAAUGUAGUGAAUUCACAUACCAAUAUCUAUAAGGAAAAAAUAUUAUAUAAGGAACAUAGAUUUUGAAAAAGGUAUAAAGAAUAUAUAUAACCUUUGAUAAGUGGAGGCUUCGAAAUCGAAUAUUAGGUUAAUGGACCCACUUGUUUCCUUCUCUAUAUAAAUCCCCGAAAUGAAAUCUCAUUCAACCCAUGCAGAUAAAACACACAACGACAAAUACAAAUCAUACGCUCAAGCUUGUGUCCGUCCAUCGAACAUACAUUUCUUCUUAUUAAUUAUUCACUUUGCCUUUGUUUCUCUUCUCACACACACAUAUACAUAUAUGGAUCAAGGGAGUCGUAGUGGUGGAGGAGGAGGAGGAGGAGGAGGAGCCGAGCAAGGGAAGUUCCGGGGCGUAAGGAGACGGCCUUGGGGGAAAUAUGCAGCGGAAAUAAGAGAUUCAAGGAAGCACGGUGAGCGUGUGUGGCUUGGGACGUUUGAAACUGCAGAAGACGCGGCUCGAGCCUAUGACCGAGCAGCCUAUUCUAUGAGAGGCCAAGCCGCCAUUCUCAACUUCCCUCACGAGUAUAAUAUGGGAAGCGGAUCUUCAUCCAACUCUGCAGCUACUGCGGCAACCUCUUCCUCGUCGAGGCAAGUUUUUGAGUUUGAGUACUUGGACGACAGUGUUUUGGAUGAACUUCUCGAAUAUGGAGAGAACUAUAACAAGAUUAAUAAUAUUAACAUGGGUAACAGGCAAUAAAGGGAAUACAGUCGUAUUAGACUGAGAGUUAAGUGACAGACCAUUCCCAUUUAUAACGAAAAUAAUCCCAAGCAUGAUAAGUAUUAUAAGAAAUGUAUUAUUGGCAAGUUUAUUUGUCAAUCUAUUUCUAUACCGAAUAAGCCUCUUUAAGCGCCAGUCAUCUUGAUUUCUAGAACUUCAUGGUUCAAAUGGCCGGGUCCUUGUGUAAUUAGUUUUGAGAAUUAAUGUAAUACACCAUUUGAAAAUGAUGGAUAAAUGAAACAUCUUUUUAUGUUAUAUAUUGUGUUGUAAGCUAUAUAUGAUUUGAUAUAAUUGUAACUCCAUGUUAUAUACUUAUCUAAACGAGCGUAAAAAGUCUUGCAAACGCCAACUACUGAAAGAGAAAGCCAAGCAUUAAUUUUGAUAUCCAUAUAAUAUAAUUUUGUUUUCUAGUUCAGUACGUAUUCCUGUAUUUGAGUGAAAAAAUGAUAACUAUUUCGUAUAGUUUUUGGUUCGAUGAAACUAUCUUACUAAAACCAGUUUUAACUUCAAAUAUAUUGUCAAACAAAAUUUCGACCAUACAGAUUUAUGAGUAAUUUUGUGUCCAUCACAAACGUACAAAUCUGAGAGGCAUAUUGUAACCGCACCUUCCAACACUCAAAAUAUGCGUAUGUAAUAUUCUUUCAGACUUUUUUACUGUUUUACAUUUUUACCUGAUGCGUACAUUUUUAAAACAAUUCUGAUUGGCAAAUGAGUUCAGUAACUCAUUGUGGAUGUUUUGAUUAUUAAAUAAUUUUUAGAAUUAUACAUUUGAAACAACUAUAAACCAAAAGUUUAAAUUUAGAAUCAAAGAUAAAUGUAAAUCAAACUAAGAAAAAUGGAGAAGAUUUAAUGUUUCUUAGUAUUCACGUGCAGGGGUUUGAUUAUUAGUACGUGCAGGGGUCAUCAGAAUUGUUAUAGAACAUAUAUUUUAUGUUACAAGAAAAGAACAUAUAUUUUAUUUGCUUUAUAAAGGUAUUAUUUCCGUCUGAAGGUAAAAAAAAAAACUUAAAAUGUAGGUAAACCUUGUUUUAACUAAUAUUAAUAAUAUUUUCAACUAAUGUUAUACUAAACCAAGAUAACAAAAUUUAUUUUAAAAUAUAAACAUAUAAGAAAGUGAAGAGGAAAGUUUUUAUAUCGAAUUCGAAAGGAAUAAUAUUUGAUUAAAAAUGUGGGCUCGCCUUAUAAGUAGCACAAAGAAACAAACCUUUUUUGUCUACUACACCAAUCUCUUGUUUCACCUUCAUUGCUUCAACGGCGUCGUCGCUACUGGACCCACCGGCGGCCGUUGACGAGCCAGCAUCAGUCAAGUCUGAUUACUUGUUCACCUAAAAUCCCUUUUCCCGCCGCCGUUAGGUCUGAUCGGACAUGUCGUAAGAUUGGUGGUCUUGUCGCUAAGAACAAGAUAAGGGCUUUGCUAAUGUGAGAGAUAUACAGGUAUUAAUCUCAUGCUUCUAUAAUUAGUUACUUUUCGAUCAAGUUUACUAACUUUUUCGUUGAUACAAUUGAAAACCAUUUGAAUUAGCUGAAUAACGCUGAGCCUAGAAACAUUGUCUCGCUGUUGAUAUUCAGGUCGAACAGAAGCGUCUGUAGUCCAACGGUUAGGAUAAUUGCCUUCCAAGCAAUAGACCCGGGUUCGACUCCCGGCAGACGCAUGUCUUUUUUCAAAUUCUGGAAAAUUAAAUUAAUCUAAGAUCGCUGCAUCAACCUUGAUAAUGAUUGCUGAAGUCAUGGAGCCUAAAGAAGCGUAAGCAAAGAAAUGUUAUAAUAUUUUCGCUAUUGCAAACCCACGAACAGAGUGUAGCUUGUCACGCUUAUGAACUUGUCGUUCGUCAUCAUGUAACACAAACCAAAUAAAAGGUCAGAAUUUAACUCAAGUAUCUUUCACCAAAUCCUCAGGGCGUGGGCCUUCCCAUUGGGCUCAAUAUCUAUGCUAUCAUGACAAGGUAUAAAGAGUAAAGACACAAAGAUUCACACUUCUACAUUUUAGGUUUUGUAAAUAAUAACAGCAAGAAUAACAUUGCGCUUUGUGUUUUGAUCAUUUAUAACCAUUUUUCCAAAACUUGUAGCAAUCCGUGUAACUAAUGGAAUAAGUAAUUCUACAUAAAUUGAUAAUCUAUUUUGUAGCCAUAAUCGUUUGCCCAAAACAUUAUUUAUAGAAUAAUACUAGGAUUUUCUAUAUAAUCAAUGAAUCAACCUGUGUCAUCCCAUAAAACUUUCACUAUACGAUCAUUUUAUGCUGAACUUCAGUGAAGUCAUACCUCAUUGAUGUUUUAUCUUGUGUUUUAGUUUCUUGUAAAGCAACCCUUUAAACAUUUACUUAGCAAAUUUUAAGGAAACAAUUCACUUGAAACGUCGUUUUGUUGUCCAGAAGAAACUAUGGCUCGCCAGUGAAAAGCUUUAGGGACACUGAGUAAUAAAAUGAAAAGCAGGAGGAGAG